UUCUAUAGGUAUUUAUGAGCCUCCAUUUAUUGUACUACUGCAGUGAACCAACUUUGGAUGUGAAAAUUGCCUUUUGUCAGGGAUUUGAUAAACAAGUGGAUGUGUCAUAUAUUGCCAAACAUUACAACAUGAGCAAAAGCAAAGUUGACAACCAGUUCUACAGUGUGGAAGUGGGAGACUCAACCUUCACGGUUCUCAAGCGCUACCAGAACCUAAAGCCCAUUGGCUCUGGGGCUCAGGGAAUAGUGUGUGCUGCAUAUGAUGCUGUCCUUGAUAGAAAUGUGGCCAUUAAGAAGCUCAGCAGACCGUUUCAGAACCAAACACACGCCAAGAGAGCUUACCGGGAACUGGUCCUCAUGAAGUGUGUGAACCAUAAAAAUAUUAUUAGUUUAUUAAAUGUCUUCACACCCCAGAAAACGCUGGAGGAAUUCCAAGAUGUUUAUUUAGUAAUGGAACUGAUGGAUGCCAACUUGUGUCAGGUGAUUCAGAUGGAGUUAGACCAUGAGCGAAUGUCUUACCUUCUAUACCAAAUGUUGUGUGGCAUCAAGCACCUUCACUCUGCUGGAAUUAUUCACAGGGAUUUAAAACCAAGUAACAUUGUAGUCAAGUCUGAUUGUACAUUGAAAAUCCUCGACUUCGGACUGGCCAGGACGGCGGGCACAAGCUUCAUGAUGACUCCUUAUGUGGUGACACGUUAUUACAGAGCUCCCGAGGUCAUCCUGGGAAUGGGUUACAAGGAGAACGUGGAUAUAUGGUCUGUGGGAUGCAUUAUGGGAGAAAUGGUUCGCCACAAAAUCCUCUUUCCAGGAAGGGACUAUAUUGACCAGUGGAACAAGGUAAUUGAACAACUAGGAACGCCAUGUCCGGAAUUCAUGAAGAAAUUGCAACCCACAGUAAGAAACUAUGUGGAGAAUCGGCCCAAGUAUGCCGGACUCACCUUCCCCAAGCUCUUUCCAGAUUCCCUCUUCCCAGCGGAUUCUGAGCACAAUAAACUCAAAGCCAGCCAAGCCAGGGACUUGUUGUCAAAGAUGCUAGUGAUUGACCCAGCCAAAAGGAUAUCAGUGGAUGAUGCCUUACAGCAUCCGUACAUCAAUGUCUGGUACGACCCUGCCGAAGUGGAGGCGGUAAGGCAUAGGUUUAUUUUACUUUCCUUCCAUAAACAAAUCAUAGUAACUGGUAUUCGGUGGUGA